UCUGAACGCGGCCGCUCAUUGGUGCGGCGCUGAAACGCACGCGCUCCCGCACAUAAAUACGCUGCGCUCUGUCUGUGUAGGUUCAUUCUCUCACCACUUCACUGAGUCAAAGUGUAAUCAUGAGCGGAAGAGGCAAAACCGGAGGAAAGGCCCGCGCCAAGGCCAAGUCCCGCUCCUCCAGGGCCGGGCUGCAGUUCCCAGUGGGCCGUGUGCACAGGCUGCUCCGUAAAGGCAACUACGCGGAGCGCGUCGGCGCCGGAGCUCCCGUGUACCUGGCGGCCGUGCUCGAGUAUCUGACCGCUGAGAUCCUGGAGCUGGCGGGAAACGCGGCUCGUGACAACAAGAAAACCCGCAUCAUCCCCCGCCACCUGCAGCUGGCCGUCCGCAACGACGAGGAGCUCAACAAACUGCUGGGAGGAGUGACCAUCGCUCAGGGAGGCGUGCUGCCCAACAUCCAGGCUGUGCUGCUUCCCAAGAAGACCGAGAAGGCCAAGUAAAGACGCCCCGAGACUCGACUCACAACAACGGCUCUUUUAAGAGCCACAAACUCUCAGAAAAGAGCACACUUUAUAAUUGUU